CUGAAGUUGCACCUCAUUUUCCAUCACAACAUAUCGCAGUAAAAUAAUUUUUAUUAUUAUAAUAUUAAUUAUUAGUCUCGCAUACUCAAUAAUUUCGAAAUAAUGGCUUUUCUGAACAAAUUAGUGCUAUUUGCCGGAUUUCUGUCUCUUCUGCAUGCCGCAUAUUCAGCAGCCCAACAUCGAGCUUACCUGAGGAUUACGGAUCAGGAGUUCACCAACCUCCCAGUGGAUAUCAUAUUCCAAGCAAUUCUCAGCCUCGUGCUUAUUAUCUUCAACAUUCUGCAAGUAGUGGGUGACUUCAAAGAAAUUCGUGCGGCAGUGGACCUUCAAGCCAAGUCGUGGGAAACCCUCGGAAACAUUCCUUCGUUUUACACCUUUAACCACCGGGGCAAAGCUCUGUCCCCGUACUAUGAACAACCCAACCCGGCGGCGAUGGACCGGUCGGAUCUGAGCACUUUAGAAUGAGUCAAGUCGUACCGUGCGCGCGGAUGGUUCCAUUUUCUAAGAAUAUCACUUGCCGAAAAAUCAAUGAUUCUCAUGUUUCGGACAAAGACGCAUUCUAUGUUAGGAUGUGGAAAUGCAUUGAAAUUGAUUAUAGGAAGUGUCACUCCGGAAAAUGCAAUACCAUCGUCUAAGAUACAAAUUUUAAAUUGUAAUUUAUUUGCACCAAAAAUCUAAUAAAUGUAGUUCUCGCAGAGCUAAA